UAUCAGUCUCUCUGUGCACUCUCAUACUCUCUCAAGCACUGGCAGCAGCUGCUUACUUAUUUUUGUUCCAUAUGAGAGAAUCCCUAUCGAACUUGGGGAUUAGGGAAGAAGUCACCGAGCUGAUCUGUUUAAACCUUAAGCGUGGUGGAUUUUUUUUUUCCACCAGCAGUUUUACAUGCUGCACAGCUUCAGGGGCUCUGAUCCUCUCUGUCAGUCCACUUCCAAACAUCCUGAGGAGGAGAAGGGGCUUCACUCUCUGGAUAAGAAAUGGAGCGGGAUCACGGAUUCUAUAGGCAGGUGGAUGUCCACGCUCACGCUCACUAUAUCGUUGCCUUCUUUGUCCUAGUGAUUGGGACAGUGGGUGUGACUGGGAACGCUUUGGUCAUGUACGCCUUCUUCUGUAACAAGAAGCUACGGACGGCGCCAAACUAUUUCAUCAUGAACCUGGCAGUCAGCGACUUCCUCAUGGCAAUCACACAGUCACCCAUCUUCUUUGUUAACUCCCUCUUCAAGGGAUGGAUUUUUGGGGAAACAGGCUGUAAAAUCUAUGCAUUUUGUGGAGCUUUAUUUGGCAUCACCUCUAUGAUAAACCUUCUGGCGAUCUCCUUAGACCGCUACAUCGUCAUCACUAAGCCUCUGCAGGCCAUACAGUGGACCUCCAAGAGACGCACUUGCUUCAUUAUUGUGCUGGUCUGGCUGUACUCACUAGCCUGGAGCCUUGCACCACUAUUGGGCUGGAGUUCGUACAUACCAGAGGGCCUGAUGACCUCAUGCACAUGGGACUAUGUGACAUCUACUCCAGCCAAUAAGAGUUACACUUUGAUGCUAUGCUGCUUUGUGUUCUUCAUCCCUCUGGGCAUAAUAUCCUUCUGUUAUCUGUGCAUGUUCCUGGCAAUCCGCCGUGCCAGCAGAGAUUUGGAGAAGUUGGGCUCUCAGGUGAGGAAGUCUGCCCUGAUACAGCAGCAGUCCAUCAAGACUGAAUGGAAGCUGGCCAAGAUUGCCUUUGUGGUCAUCAUAGUGUUUGUGCUUUCCUGGUCGCCCUAUGCAUGUGUCACCCUCAUCGCCUGGGCUGGAUAUGGAAGCAUCCUCAAUCCUUAUUCCAAAGCGGUUCCUGCUGUAAUAGCCAAGGCAUCUGCCAUCUAUAACCCUUUCAUUUAUGCCAUCAUUCACUCUAAAUACAGGGACACCCUAGCAGAAAGGGUCCCCUGCCUUCACUUCCUGGCCCAGGCAUCAAAGAGGGACUGCCUAUGUGUGUCCCAAAGUGAAUCCUCCUUCAGGGAUUUAAUGCUGAGCAGACAGUCUUCAGUCUCCAGAACCAAGUUUCACAGAGUUUCCUCCAUGUCUACGACGGACACAGUUUGGAGUGAUGUGGAGCUGGAUCCUAUUGGCCACUCGCUGAAGUCUAGCUAUUCCCUUGGAGCUCUGAGGGACAAAGAGUACAACUCACUGUCCAAGCAGACCAAGGAAAAGGGAAGCCAAAGCACGGAACAGACUCCCAUCUCAGAGCAAGGCUCACUGAACAGGAGGAACCACACCCUAUCACCUGAGACGGGCAACACAGUGAUGCCCUCAAUGUGGGUGAUGAGAGAGGAGCAGAACACUGAAAGCUGGACUGAUGAGAUGAAAGAGGAGGAUCGGGACCAGCUAGGGAGAGAUGAAUACGAACAAAAAGAGAUACAGCAAGUACAGAAUGAGAAAGAUGACAAAGACUCAGAGAUCCUCAUCAAACCAGACUCUUUGGAAAACACUGCAUGUGUGCACUCCCAUGCUAUUAUCAGACCCGACUCAUGCCUGGAGCAUGGCUUUUGUGAGGAAAAACACAGCAGAAAAGGCCGAAAGAAAGAAUGGUUACUUGAUUUACAGCCUCUGGACUGUCCUGCCCAGCUAUUUGAGUCUGUGCAAAGAUUUCUCUCCCCAACACCAAGCUAGAUGUUUAAAAUUAUUUGUCUUAUGUGGUUUAUUAUGUGUAACUGUGUCACAGCAGACUGAGAAAAUGUUUGUUUUUUCAGGAACGAUCAGAUGAUCUUUUGAAGCAGCUGUUUAAUUUAAACAGGUUUCACCAAGCACUGAAAUCAGAUACAUUUGUUUUGAUUUUCGUGCAAUCGUAUAAACUAUUUUUUCGAACCAAAAACCUAUGCUGGUAUGCUGUUAACAUAAAACUGUUGUUGCUUUUUUUUUAUGCUAAAUGCAAGUGGUCGAUAUCGACGCAAUUAUAAUUUAUCACAAUGAAACAAGGAAAAUUAUUGUUAACAUCUCCAAAACUUCUCAUAUUGUAUGCACUGUGGUUUUUUAAAAAAAAGUUCCAAGAAGCAACUGUACAGCAAGGAAAAACAUUUUUUUAAAACCCAGCCAAAUAUAUGAUCCAGUUGUUUUGAAGAGACCAAAGAAAGUAUUUUGUGAGGAACCCAAUUUCAUACGAGCGUUUUAUUUGUAACCUAAAUAUAAAUAUCACCUGAAUCAUGUAUGACAUUGAAAACAAAGUUGACUUUA